GAGCAUAGACUCAGUCUGGCCAAGGAAUAGAAACAGCACGGUCCACAGACAGCUACAGCAAUUUAGGAAUAAAAAAAAUAUAGAUUUUUUUACGGAAAUACUUUGAAAAACAUUUUAAGUGUCUUUAAGUGAUUUGUUGUUUGUUGUGUUGAAAGCGGCAUGUUUAAAGUGUCGCAGGAGAUGCGUUUAAAUACAAACGCGACAAAUUUGCUGGACCGUUCCAUAGCCGAUGGUGUUGCUAGUGAUGGCCACAGUCCGGAGAGUGUUUGUAUUUUUGGCCGAUAUCAGCGCACACCAGACGCGGAUGCAUAUCCCACAGAGCCGCCACACGUCUACAUUGCACCCGAGUUGACCGAUGCCGGCAAGGUACAGCUGUUGCAUUUGCCCAGCGGCGCUGUGCGCAUCAACUCCACGGUGAGCUUCAUCAUUAAACGCAAUGGCGUCAAGGGCAACUUCGAUGUGCGCCUCGAGAAUCCCAGUGGUCAGCAUGGAGCUGCGCUCCAUCUCGAACAGUUGGAUCCGGAACGCUUUCAGGUGCAGUGCCAACUGAACCAGGCGGGACUCUACAAAGUGCACAUCAAAUGCAACUCGGUGCCGCUGCCCAAGUCUCCCUACAUUAUAGUGACAAUUGCGGGAGCAGCUCCUACUGAAGCAGCCAGUGAAACAGCUGCUUCUAGUUCAGCGAUGCCCGUCUUGCAGUCUGAUGCCAGCCAAGUGCACAGCCGUGGCCUAGGCUUGACCCACAUUAAUCUUCUAGAGCGCAAUGAGUUCACUGUGGAUGCCAGUGCAGCGGGCAACAAUAUGUUGUUUGUGGCCAUACUGGGACCUCGAGGGCCGAGUGAGGAGAUCGUGGUGAAGCAUUUGGGCCGCAAUAUCUUUCGUGUCAUGUACCAGGUGCGAGAUCCUGGCAAUUAUCAUCUGGUGGCCAAGUGGGGCGAGCAGCACAUUCCGGGAUCGCCCUUUAGCCUUAUCUCUGACUAACGAAUAUGGUGCAAUAAAAACAGAACAAACUCAAUAAGCCGCAGCGUUUGAC